AUGACCAGCCCGCCACUGGGGGACUUUCGGCACACUAUGCACGUGGGGCGCGGCGGGGACGUCUUCGGAGACACCUCUUUCCUCAGCAACCAUGGCGGGGCCGACACAGCCAAAGCCAACAACUUCUUCGCCCGGACGCUGCGGCACGUCCGCCGGACGCCGUUGAGGAGCCGGGGCAGUGGGGGCCAAGCGGGGGCAUCGCCUGCCCCCCCGCCCGUCUCACCCAUCAUCAAGAAUGCCAUCUCGCUGCCACAGCUCAACGAGGGGACAUACGAUGGCAGUGGUGGCCGGGGCUUGAACAGCAAGUUCUCCUUCAAAAGCGCCAGCCAUCCCUUCUGCCUCACAGGGCUGGAGUCCGGGUUUUGCACCAUCCCUCGCGUCCCUCGCUUGGAAAAGGCCCAAGAGAACGCCUUCCCCGCAGAAGCAGAGCUGAAGCGCUCAGACUCCCUGCUCUCCUUCCGCCUGGACCUGGGGCCUUCUCUGAUGAGCGAGCUCCUCCAGGUGAUGAGCUUCUCUGAAACCAAUGGGAGCGAGGUGGGGGAAGAUGACCCAGACCUCCUGUGUGGGGAGGGGACCAAGGAUGGGGUCCCUCCAGCAUCAGGUGCAUCCCAUGGAGAGGACAAGGCAACAUCCAGUUUCUGGGACCACUCUGGGCAGAGCAGCCUGUCCGGGGCCAGUUCACUGCCGGGACUGUCGGUCCAUGCCAACGGAGAGGCACAUGCCAUCGAGGGCACUGGAGAGGACCCUGCCUGGGCUUCCAGGCCAGGGGCAGCCCCCAGAGGGACUCCGUGGCAGGGGUGCUGGAACGACUGCACCAUCGAAGCGGGAGAGUUUGACCGGGCGGCCCAGGUCCUGGCCCGCCAUUAUGGUGGGACCAGCACCCCACGGAGCUCAGAGAAGGGUGAGGGGCCCCGGCAGGCCCGGAUGCAGACCCUCAACUCAUGGCGUUGGCAAGUGACAGGGGAGAGCCGGUACCCCGAGGCCACCUGGAACCAAGGAGAGGAGGAGGAGGAGGAGGAGGAGGAGGAGGAAGAGGAAGAGGCCAAGCUCUCCAGCCUGCAGGAGGGGUACACUGGUGCCCGGGGAGGACGCAGCAAUUCCUUUGAAUACGCUGAUGAAGAGGAGGAGGAGGAUGAUGAUGAAGUCAAAGUGUGA